AUGACUACUUCCUCUGGCUCCGUGAUGGCUGCCUCUGGUUCCACCAUGACUAUAAGCCGACCGGCUUUAUACAGGGCCUUGACUCUACUCGUCUUCCUUUGGGUGCUGGCCUCUGUUUCUUAUAUGCGGAAUAAGAGUGAAGACAAUAGUCUUCUUCAUACAUUAGAACAAGGCAGCCAAAAGACGUCUUGGCACGUCUAUUCCUCGGGAAAUGAUUCCGAAAAUGAGGAUGUCGAGGAAAAGGCAGAUCCAAAAUGGUCACAAUCAGCACCACCAGCCACGGACAAACAAGACACAGUGUCUCCCUCGAUGACACGGCACACGGACCGGGUCGCCGUGACAAUCGAGAAUCGGCCACUCAAGAAUCUCAUUCCCGUGAUUCUACACUUCCACAGUGUACUGGGCCCCGAGUGGCCCGUCAUCCUGUACACGACGCCCUCGUCGGCUGCAAACCUCUCGGAAUCGGCGCCAUUUGCGCGCGCCAUCAGCGAGGGAUGGCUGGAGAUCCGGUACUUGCCCGAGACAGCCAUCUUUAGCAGCCAUCGGGCCGUAUCGCUCUUCCUGUCGGGGACAUGGCUGUGGCAGGAUCUGGCACCGUACGAAAAGGUCCUGCUCUUCCAGGACGACAGCAUCCUGUGCUCGGCCUCGGCCGCGCGCGUCGAUGACUUUUUGCAAUGGGACCUGAUUGGGGCGCCCAUUGACCCGGCCUACGGCCGAGGCUAUAACGGCGGGCUGUCGAUUCGGAACCGAGCCUUGACGCUCGAUGUAUUCUCACGCUACAGCUGGGCCAAUGAUAGCGAGACGCCCGGCGCGCCCACCCAUUUCCUGUUCGAGGACCAGUGGCUCUAUACGCGCAUGGCCGAGUUGCCGGCGCGUGAGGACGGCCACCCCGGCGCCAGGCUGCCCUCGCAAGACGUCGCCCGCGCUUUUGCCGUCGAGACAAUGUGGGAGGAGCGGCCGCUGGGCUUUCAUCAGCCCUCACGGUGGCAGAAGGACAGACUACCCGAGAUCAUGAAGUAUUGCCCCGAGGUCGGCAUGAUCAGCGCCGCGGCUUUCUUCUGA